AUGGGUUCCACCAACGAGAUGCCUCAGUUUCCCUUCGCUCGCCACGAGAAAUACAAAUCACCCCGGGAGAAUGAGAAAUUGUGCCACAAUGCUCCUGUAUCCAAAGCCAAGCUCUUCGAUAGAACCGAGGUUUGGAUGGUCUGGAAGCAUAAAGACGUGUGUGAAGCGUUGGAGUCGAACAAGCCAUCCGUCGACCGUAGAACUCCUGGGAACCCUAAGAUUCACGAAGGUGGCGGUUUGCUAAAGAUAAUAUACCGAGUGCUUGACGUUUCGGAAGAAGAUAUCGGUUCUUUGACUCAUCACAGCGAGGUCCGCACUGGUACAAGCCGAAAAGCCCAAAAUUCCACCAGCAAUUUGAAGAAGUAUAUGCACAAGCUGGUAAAGAAGAGGAUCCAGAAACUCCAAGAUGAUCUGGUCAGCAAGCUUGCGACGGAGCAGGGGUAUGAAAAUGAGAGGAUCCGCGAUCUGGCCCGUUAG